AUGUCGUCAUUGUCCUUGCACCGGGGCCUCAAUAAGCACCACCAAAUCAGUCUUUCAGGUGACUAUAACCACCAAAAUAACAGUUAUAGUGACAUGUAUCCAAAAAAACUUGACAAAGCUUUUGAUAGAAUUGAAUUUUCGCCCAGUGACGAUAUGUUUUUUGGGUAUCCUUUGAAGCUUGAUCAUCUUGGUGAUGAAAAUGAGCAAGAACUUGAAGCUCGUGACUUUAAUCCUUUUUCUUCGCGAUUGUCACUACUAAACCAUCAUAUGGAACACGCCAUUCCACUAUCGGACUCGGACGCAAGUCCCGACGAAGACGACAAGACCAAUAAAGCAACAGCAAAAGAAGCAGCAGCUACAACAACAAUGCAUCCACCACCUCCAUCUUUACAUUGCUUUCUCAGUCCGAGUCCAUUUUCACCAGCAGAUUUAAAAGACCUCAACUUUGGGAAACUGUAUUCACCCAUCUUAGAGUCAUCUGUGCGUCAAGACAAAUCAUCCACAAUAUCGACACCUAAGAAACUGACCUUUUUAAAAAACUUGGAGUCGAUACCUACAGAAGCAGACAUAUUUGCAAUUCGUGGGCGUAUCACUGCUAUAAGAGCAACAUUAUCAAGUACACCAACAAUAGACCACCCGGAAGCUUUGCUGGCAACGCUUUCGGCAUUUGCAACUGAAUUUGAGGACAUUUCGACACGAGCGAAUUACUGGGGCUGGGCCCCCAAGUAUUUUUCCUUUAUAUACAAGAUUUUACAAGGUCAUCACGGCCCCAUAACAGAGCAGGCCGUAUUAAACUACUGCUCAGCGGUACUGUCAUAUCUGGCAUGCCUCAUGACAAAGUUUGACUACUGCCGGGAGCCCUCAAUCCAGCGGUACUUUGUCAAGAAGGCACUGCCGCGCCUAGUUGAAAUCACAGGCAAACACAAUACAAAAUUUGACACGCCAAGCCUGGCUAUGAUGUACAUUUGCUUUCACUUGAACAUUGAUGAGGCUGUAGUCAACUUUCUGAUUGACAUUCGGACAAAAACACCAGACUUGUUUACCAACAACAAUUAUAAGAUUCUUCGCUAUCGGCGCGCAUUUUGGCUGGGGUCAGUGUGUAACCGGUUGCUGAUUCAAGGCGACUUGAACAACUCGUCAUUAAAUAAAGAACUUCUGUUCCAGUGCGUUUCAGAAGCACAAACAUGUUACUCUUGCGAGCGUGAAGAGGUCAUCAAAUCGGCUUAUAAUAAAUUUUUUUACUUCAACGAUAAACAACGCAAGUAUCCCGAUGGAGAGACUGAAUACCGCAAUUUCGGCGACAGCCUUGUGGACAUCCCCAAUAUGAUUCAGAAACAAAUGUGUGUGAUUUUGAAGAAUGAUGAAGGUAGAAUGGGAGGCAAGCUGAUUAGCCGUCUCAAGAAGCUCAUUAAGAAUUAA